UGGAUCUCAAAUCAAAACUAGGGAAGGGGUAAUCAAAUGCCCGGUUGGGGUAACGGGGGGAUCCCUUCUCCGAAAGAGAGAGAGUGAGUAAGAAGGAGGAUUUCACCAUGAGCGGUCUGGGAACGCCCGACUUCUUCUAUAGAGAAGCUCAGCGCCUAGGCUAUGUCGCACGGUCGGCGUUCAAACUGCUACAAAUGCAGAAGCAGCAUAAAUUGAUUGCUCCAGGUGAUUCCGUUCUUGACCUCGGAUGCGCUCCUGGUGCUUGGCUUCAGGUGGCGUGCCAGAGUUUGGGUCAUCUGAAGAAUGGCGGAGCAGUUGUUGGUAUUGAUUUGAAGAAGGUGAAAGUUCCGUCCAUCCACUGUGACUCUCGUGUGCAAACGGUUUCAGCCGACGUGAUGGAGCUAUCAAGGGAACAAGUUAUGGCAUUCUCUCCUAAGGGGAAGGGAUUCUCAGUUAUUCUAUCUGAUAUGUGUCCCUCUGUUUCUGGGAUCUCAAUGAAAGACACUAUUCUGUCUGGGGAAUUGGCAAAACGAGCACUUCUUUUGGCAAUUGGCAGGAACAGAUUAUCAGGCUUGGACGAGUACAGUUUCUUGUUUGAAUCAGAAGACGCCUCUAGAGAUGAUCCAGAUGCAGGUGUUCUACAACCAAAGGGCAAUCUUGUCAUGAAGCUUCUUGAGAGUGAAGAAAACCAAAGAUAUAGGGAUGUGUGCAGGCAGCACUUCCAGAAGGCAUCAUGGUUGAGGCCUAAAGCUACAAGAUCUUCAUCCAAGGAGAUUUAUUUGGUUUGCCUAGGGUUGGGGAAGGCCAAAAGCUAAGCAUAAUGACGCAGUCUCGCUCAUGAGUUCCUCUUAACGGCCUAAAUCAUUUACUAUGAAGUCAAAAGUACGGAUAUAAUGCCACCUGUCAAAAUCCGAAUCUCAUCACCUGCCUGUCAUUAGAGUCUGCAACAAAAGAUCAUUCUGAAGAUUUACUUGCAGGUGCAUAAAAGCUCAUGACAAAGGAUCCAUUGCUUGCUCAUCAGGUGAAAAAGCAAGGUGGAGCACCUUCAUGGUUACCUGUUCUUCAAUCAUGACCAUCUAUGACAACCUUUGAAUCUUUGAUCCUAAAUUUGCACUUUCUAGCAAAACAAAGUCUGGCGUGGUUGUUGUAUCUUUUCAUACUGAGUUGACUGAUGCUGACACCUGUUCAAAUAUAUGGAGUCAUAUAUGAACUGGAA